ACAAGUCGUUGCUGCUUGCUUUAAUGGCUUACACAAAACUCAUUAUAAUUCUCAUCCUUUCUUUCUUAUCCACCACAAAAACUGCUUAUUCCGUGGAUUUUACAGUAACCAACAAAGUCCCAAAUACCCCCGGCGGAAUUCGGUUCAACAGAGAAGUCGGGAUAGAUUAUAGUAAAUCGACUCUAUCCACUUCGACGAAUUUCGUAUGGCGUAUCUUCCAACAAAACACAGCCGCCGACAGAAAAAACGUAGCAUCCGUGAGGCUGUCGGUGGAGACGUUUGACGGGGUGGCGUUCACUAGCAACAACGGAAUUCACCUUAGCGCUGGCUACGUUCAGGGUUAUUCGGGAAACGUGAAGAAUGAAAUUACCGGGGUUUUGUAUCACGAGAUGACACACGUGUGGCAGUGGAAUGGUAACGGUCAGGCUCCGGGAGGAUUGAUCGAGGGAAUAGCGGAUUAUGUGAGGCUUAAAGCGGGAUUUAUUCCGAGCCAUUGGGUGAAACCGGGACAGGGUAACCGUUGGGACCAAGGGUACGAUGUAACGGCUAGAUUCUUGGACUAUUGUAAUGGUCGGAGGAAUGGAUUUGUGGCGGAGUUGAACAAGAAGAUGAGGACCGGUUAUAGUAAGGAUUAUUUUGUUCAGUUGUUGGGAAAGAGUGUUGAUCAGUUAUGGCUUGAAUAUAAGGCACAAUUCAACAACUAAUAUAUAUAUAUAUAUAUAGAUAUACCCAUUAAUAAAUAAAUUGUGUAUCCUUAAAUAAAUAAAUAAAUAAAAGACAUUGAUAUUUGAUACACAUAAUGGGGUUUAAAUGUCUUUUGUAAUGUACUGCAUAUCUGUAAUUUUAUGAUAUUAUUGGUCUUUUGAAUAAAUAAGAUGGUCUUUC